GACCGCCCCCCAAGGGAAAUGUCUGACACUCACAACAGCCCUCUCCUGGCAGAGCCUCUUUCCAGCAGAUACAAACUCUAUGAGUCAGAGUUUACCAGCCCGAGCUGGCCCUCAAGCCCCCAGGAUACACACCCGGCCCUACCCCUCCUGGAGAUGCCUGAGGAGAAGGAUCUCCGGUCAUCCAAUGAAGACAGCCAUAUUGUGAAAAUGGAAAAACCCAGUGAAAGGAGUAAAAGGAGAGAAAGUGGGGUAGCCCAUCGGGGCUCUGCAGGCUUGGGGGGCAUCAGCCUCUUCCAAGCAGUGGGCUACCUCACAGGGGAGAUGAAGGAGUACAGGUGCUGGCUGAAAGAUAAGCCCCUGGCCCUCCAGUUCACGGACUGGGUCCUGAGGGGGACCGCUCAGGUGAUGUUUGUCAACAACCCUCUUAGUGGACUCAUCAUCUUCAUAGGACUCCUGAUCCAGAAUCCCUGGUGGACGAUUACUGGGGGUCUAGGGGCCGUGGUCUCAACCUUAACUGCCCUCGCCUUGAACCAGGACAGGUCUGCCAUCGCCUCCGGCCUCCAUGGGUACAAUGGGAUGCUGGUGGGACAGCUCAUGGCCGUGUUCUCCGAGAAGUGGGACUACUACUGGUGGCUUCUCUUCCCUGUGACCUUCACAGCCAUGACCUGCCCACUUCUUUCCAGUGCCUUGACUUCCAUCUUCAGCAGGUGGGACCUCCCGGUCUUCACGUUGCCCUUCAACAUGGCAGUGACCCUGUACCUGGCAGCCACCGGCCACUACAACCUAUUCUUCCCCACAACGCUGGUGGAGCCCGUGUCUUCGGUGCCCAACAUCACCUGGACAGAGAUGGAGAUGCACUUGCUGCUACAAGCCAUCCCCAUCGGGGUCGGCCAGGUGUAUGGCUGCGACAAUCCCUGGGCAGGCGGUGUGUUCCUGGUGGCUCUGUUCAUCUCCUCGCCACUCAUCUGCCUGCAUGCCGCCAUUGGCUCCAUCGUGGGGAUGCUGGCAGCCCUGACGGUGGCCACGCCCUUCAAGACGAUCUACAUGGGCCUCUGGAGCUACAACUGUGUCCUCUCCUGCAUUGCCAUCGGGGGCGUGUUCUACGCCCUCACCUGGCAGACCCACCUGCUGGCCCUCGUCUGUGCCCUGUUCUGUGCAUACAUGGGAGCAGCCCUCUCCAACAUAAUGUCGGUGGUUGGUGUGCCACCAGGCACCUGGGCCUUCUGCCUCUCCACCCUCACCUUCCUGCUCCUGACAACCAGCAACCCUGCCAUCUACAAGCUUCCGCUCAGCAAAGUCACCUACCCGGAGGCCAACCGCAUCUACUACCUGAAAGUGAAGAGCAGUGAAGAAGAGAAGUCCCCCAGCGGUGGUGGUAGGGAGCAGCCAGCCACAGCAAACCCCAAGGCUGAUGAGGGCUCGGAGGCUCUGCCCCCCAAGCCCAGGAGCGUGUUCCACAUUGAGUGGUCAUCCAUUCGGAGGAGGAGCAAAGUGUUUGGAAAAGGCGAACACCAGGAGAGACAAACGGAAGACCCUUUCCCCUAUCAGUACCGGAAGCCUGCGGUUGAGCUGCUGGAUCUGGACACCAUGGAGGACAGCGCUGAGAUGAAGGAGGAAGCCAGCACUUCCAAGGCUUCCUGGAUUCAGAGUCACGUGGCUGCCAGUGGGAAGAGGGUCAGCAGAGCCCUCAGUUACAUCACAGGGGAGAUGAAGGAGUGCGGUGAGGGGCUUAAAGACAAACCACAGGUGCUCCAGUUCAUUGACUGGGUUCUUCGGGGCAUAUCCCAAGUGGUGUUCGUCAGCAACCCCAUCAGUGGAAUCCUGAUUCUGGUGGGACUCCUGGUCCAGAAUCCCUGGUGGGCUCUCAAUGGCUGCGUGGGAACAGUGGUCUCCACACUGACAGCCCUACUGCUUGCUCAGGACAGGUCGGCGAUCGCCGCGGGACUCCAGGGUUACAAUGCCACGCUGCUGGGAAUCCUCAUGGCUGUCUUUUCAGACAAGGGCAACUAUUUCUGGUGGCUGUUAUUCCCUGUGUCUGCUAUGUCCAUGACUUGUCCAGUUUUCUCAAGCACGUUGAACUCCUUGUUCUGCAAAUGGGACCUCCCCGUCUUCACUCUGCCCUUCAACAUGGCGUUGUCAAUGUACCUAUCAGCCACAGGACAUUACAAUCCAUUCUUCCCAAGCAAAUUGUUCAGACCCAUAACCGCGGUUCCCAAUGUCACCUGGCCUGACCUCAGUGCCCUGCAGUUACUGAAAUCGCUGCCUGUGGGUGUUGGCCAGAUCUACGGCUGUGAUAACCCGUGGACGGGCGGCAUUUUCCUGUGCGCCCUUCUGCUCUCCUCCCCACUCCUGUGCCUGCAUGCUGCCAUGGGAUCGCUACUGGGCAUAGCGGCAGGACUCAGUGUUUCGGCGCCAUUCGAGAACAUCUACCUUGGACUCUGGGGUUUCAACAGCUCUCUGGCCUGCAUUGCAAUUGGAGGAAUGUUCAUGGCUCUCACCUGGCAAACCCACAUCCUGGCUCUUGCCUGUGCUCUGUUCACUGCCUACCUUGGAGUCAGCCUGUCCCACAUGAUGGCUGUGGCGGGAUUGCCGGCCUGCACCUGGCCCUUCUGUCUGGGCACACUGCUGUUCCUCCUGCUGACCACGGAAAAUGCCAACGUCUACAGGAUGCCUCUCAGCAAGGUCACUUAUCCUGAAGAAAACCGCAUCUUCUUCCUCCAGGCCAAGAAAAAAAGGAUGGUUGAAAGCCCUUUGUGAGGGCACCCCCACCCACGCGGCCAAGGUCCCAAGAGGGGCCUGGCUGACCGCCCCAGGUGACCCCCAGGGUCUCAGCAAACUGCUGUUUUUCACUGGUAACAACGUCCACACUAACCCAUUGGCAAUCUGUUCUUAGGCUCAUUUUUGUGGCUUUCUGUUAAACUCCAGGAACAUCCCCAAACAUGCGAGAGACACGUCCAGAUGGUCUGCCCUGGUGGGGCGUUGGUGCUAGACAUGUAAUCUAUUUACAAAUGCAAAUGCUCCAACAGAAAGGAGGCAUGAGACCAGAGCUCGUUAUUUAUUGAGACUCUUGGUGUCUGGUUGGCUACAUGACGUUCACAGUAUUAAAAAUGAAGCUCUACAAACCAACUACGCCUUCAGCGAACGGAAUUCAUGGUCACAAAAUCAAAGUCAACCCAGAAUUCUCCGAUAAGCGGCUUGACGGGUUUAAAAUGAAUACACGUUACGAGGGGCAGCUGUGGUGCCCCCGGCUUAUUCUCCAGCUGCUGGGCGGAAGGGCCUGGAUGCUGUCCUGUGUGUGUGUGACAUUCUCCUGCAGGAGAUGGUUGAUUCUUUCCAGGCUCACACAGCCGUAGGAGGGAGGAAGGGACCUUAUCAGUCAAAAUUAUUCUGUAGUGUUGUUUUUCUUAAACAUCGCAAAGGAUGUUUUAGAUAAAGUUUAUGAUCUUUCUCAUGAGAAUAGAUUUGUUUAAGGUAAAAUAAGAGAGGUUCCUGGCUUCACCAGUCCCUAGAUAUUAAAGAAAAGUUACAUUUUUAUACAAUACCCGGCAUAGCUAUUUUUCCCUUAAUCCCCAAGUUGAUUUCAUAAAUGCCAGGAAUGCAGAGAGCCAUGUCAUCAACCUCAAGUCCCUUUAAAACCACAUUUGUAACUCAUCUGAGGAUGUCUUGUAUCUAUCAAGACUGAAAGUGAAGUCAGAUUGGUUCUGGGUGCUUGGAAGUUGUUGAGCUUCUUACUUUAAAAAAAAAUUCAUAAUUUUCUGCAGGCUCAAAAUGUGCUCACUCAGAAACCUGACAAGAAAUACCAGUAAAGGGUUCUCCUCUUUUUCCUUGUUGUAAAUUUGAAGUUAUCAGUCCUAUAAACAUUCUAUAACCAAACAUGCAUAGGACGCCGUGGAAAGUUCCACUCACUACCUUCUCCUUCAGUCUGUAUCAAUUCAGUAUUUUGGAGGGAUUCAAAAAGAGAAACCGUGGAAGCCUAAAGGAUUUUUCCCCUUGGGGUUUGCGGUGCUCAGUGCAAAAUACACAGUUUGCUGCCUGAAUAAACAGAAGGGAAGGAAACCUACCAAUAUCUCGGGGAGGAGUCCACUUCUUCCUUUUCUCAGGAACACAAACAUUGUUCCAAUUUAACAACCCUGUAACUAAAGCCUUUUGAAACCCUGACUUUGCAACUGUCACAGAGUCAUGGGCAUUCCUGCGGAAAACCCAAAUUUUCAUUGUUCGAACGGAAAUCUCCCUUGUGAGGGAAUCUGUGAAAUAAGAUUUGGGAGGGGGGUGGAGGGGAAAGGACAAAAGCAAGCAGAAGCAAAGAUAACCAAGAGUGAAGCACGUGGGCCGUGGCUGAGUGGACCCGAGCCUGUAACGUGUCUUCGGGCCCAUCUUCACGAGGAGCUCUGGAGUGUUCUCCGUGCCUUUUCCUGGUGUGCUCACACAGGGGCGUAAAUGGGAACACUCGGAAGCCUUGUACAUUGUCUACUUUAAAUGCUAUUAAUUUUCUCACACUAUUUUUGUUACUAAGUAUUAUUCUGAAAUGAAGUAUUUUGUUAGUUUUCUUAGGGAUCACUUGUAUUCUUUCCUGUUGUCUGUAUAACCAGUUUCCAAUGAAGAAGGUGAACAAGAUUAUACUCACA